UUUUAGCCAUAAAAUAAAAACGUGUUGAAAAAAUCGUGCCUGUUGUGAUUUACGCCGUGAGACGCCAUCUUGGAUUCACGUUACCUACUUUUCUCUCGCACGACUCCACGACUCGGUUGCACUUCACACGUUGUCAACAUGACUUCGAAACGAAGGAAUGGAGGCCGUUCGAAGCACGGCAGGGGUCACGUCAACCCCGUCAGGUGCACGAACUGCGCCCGCUGCGUCCCCAAGGACAAGGCAAUAAAAAAAUUCGUUAUUAGGAACAUCGUGGAGGCUGCCGCCGUCCGCGAUAUCAACGAGGCAUCCUGCUAUCCCUCGUAUCAGCUUCCUAAGCUUUAUGCCAAGCUUCAUUAUUGCGUGUCCUGCGCCAUCCACUCCAAGGUGGUGCGAAACAGGUCCAAGGAGGAGAGGAGGAAUCGUCUGCCUCCCGUCAGGAAUUUCCCUAGGGAUAACCAAAGGCAACAGCAGCAGAGGAAGUAAUUUCUCCUUUUUGUAAUCAAUAAAAGUUUCGAAAAUCCAAAAAAAUUAA